ACUCCCGGACAUCCCGGGUGUGUUUCUGCGCCUCUGCGGAAUGUAUGACAGCUAGAUGCCUGGCAAACACGCCCCAACCCGGGAGGGCUAUCCCUCCCCACUCGGCGUCACCGUCACCCCGGCAACCUGCUGAGCGCCCGAGGCCUGGCCCUUUAAGGGAAGCCUAAACCCGGCGAUUUCGGUUUCGCGCUCCCGCCCGCGACGCCGGCCGUGUGAACAUGGCCCAGGCUGCACGGGUUUUGUGGCCCGGCGGGCGCGCUGUGGUCUGGAGGUUGUGCCGGCUCCCGGCUCCCGGACUACCGGUGCAGAGCCGGGCUGGCGUUGCGGGGGCAGCGGGAGGCCGGAGCCUUGCCGCCAUUGCCCCUAGUGGGAGCCGCCGGCUGCUGGGGGCGGCGGCUCUGGCCCUGGGGGGCGCCAUGGGGCUGUACUACACUGCACGUUGUCACCUGAGCUCUCAGGAUCUCCGCGCCGAGCGCCCGGCCGCGCAGCUCUCCCUGUCCGACCGCCUGCAGCUGACUCUGUACCAGUACAAAACGUGUCCCUUCUGCAGCAAGGUCCGCGCCUUCCUCGACUUCCACGCCCUGCCCUACCAGGUGGUGGAGGUGAACCCUGUGCGUAGGGCCGAGAUCAAGUUCUCCUCCUACAGGAAGGUGCCCAUCCUGCUGGCCCAGGAAGGAGAGAGCUUGCAACAACUGAAUGACUCCUCCGUCAUCAUCAGUGCCCUCAAGACCUACCUGGUGUCUGGGCAGCCCCUGGAAGUCAUCAUCACCUACUAUCCACCCAUGAAGUCCUUGAAUGACCAGGGCAAGGAGGUGACCGAAUUCUGCAACAAGUACUGGCUAAUGCUAGACGAGAAGGAGGCCCAGCAAAUGUAUGGUGGGAAGGAGGCCAGGACGGAGGAGAUGAAGUGGCGGCAGUGGGCGGACGACUGGCUGGUGCACCUGAUCUCCCCCAACGUGUACCGCACACCUGCCGAGGCCCUGGCCUCCUUUGACUACAUUGUCCGGGAGGGCAAGUUCGGGGCCGUGGAGGGCGCUGUGGCCAAGUACUUGGGUGCAGCUGCCAUGUACCUCAUCAGCAAGCGGCUCAAGAGCAGACAUCACCUCCAGGAUGACGUGCGCAAGGAUCUGUACGAGGCCGCCAACAAGUGGGUAGCAGCUGUGGGCAAAGACCGGCCUUUCAUGGGGGGCCAGAAGCCAAACCUGGCCGAUCUGGCAGUGUAUGGUGUGCUGCGUGUGACAGAGGGCCUGGAGGCCUUCGACGACCUGAUGCGUCACACCCGCAUCCAGCCCUGGUACCUGCGGGUGGAGAAGGCCAUUGCGGAGGCCUCCCAGUGACCGGAGCAGCCCACCGGAAGGAACCGGAAGACUGCAGAAGACUCUGGCUGUCUGGGACCGGGUCCACGGGACCAGCACUCGGCAAUGCUGUGCAGGGGUGACAGAAUCAUUCUACCUCUUGUCCACCCCCGUCCCCGCAGCAUUCUCUGUUUCUAACACUGGACAUCUUCUGGGGAACGGCCCCCUGAGGGACACAGAGAGGCUACCUCCCCCCACCUCCCUGCUGGGGCUCUCAGUGGCUGCCAUGUCUAACCCUGUGGGUGGGAAUUGGGGUGGAACCCCACUCUGGACAAGGCAAGCAGUGAUGCCCUGAGUUCGGGGAGAACCCCAUCCUUGGCUCCUCCUUGUGGUUCCUGUUCUUCCCAACCACCCCCGGACUCUGCCUUGUUUGAAAUAAAGAAAAAAAUCGCUGCCCCCUCA